UAUAAUACUUAUUCUGAUCUUGGUUUUUUUUAUUUACUAUGUCUCUUGUUUGCACUAUCCUCUAUGCUGCUGUAAUCCUGUAGAUGUCCCCGCUGUGGGACUAAUAAAGGAUUAUCUUAUCUUAAUCUUAUCUUAUCUUAUUUUAUCGCACAGGUUUUAUUCUGAAAGCCUUGACCGGAAGCCGUCGGGUGCAUUUGCUCCAUCCUGACGCGCUGCUCUCCUGGCUCAGACGCGGAUCAGCAGUCUUCUCUGCGCUGACGUCUCGGGGAAAAGGUGUGAUUUUGGGGAAAUGCUCGUGCGCAUGGCUUAAACUCCAGCUGUUUUGAAGCAGACACGUGUUUUUUUUAAAAGUUCUGCAGGAUGAGACGGGAGGAACGGGAGCACUGCGUCCCGGUACCGGCGUGAUUUUUACGCAUUGUUCCACCAUGGAGGAGAAGUUCAACAGGCUCAUCUUCAUCCCCAUCGCGGCCGUGCUCUUCCUCAUGAUCGGCUACCAGUACGUGUGCCCGGCGGACAGCAACACCUGCUACUUCAGAAGCGCAGAUAAGGGGCUCUUCCAGCGGUACUCCUCCGGGUUCGAGCUGGUUUACACGGAGCAGGAUGAGGACCUGCCCUCCAAGAUCACCUCCAAGUUCAACUUCACAGAGCGGGACCUGGACCGGCAUGUGGACUUCAACAUCCGAGGGGACGACGUGAUGGUGUUCCUCCACAUCCAGAAGACAGGAGGCACCACCUUCGGGCGGCACCUGGUGAAGAACAUCCAGCUGGAGCAGCCCUGCGACUGCAUGCCCGGCCAGAGGAAGUGCACCUGCCACCGGCCAGGUAGAGCAGAGUCCUGGCUCUUCUCCCGGUUCUCCACGGGCUGGAGCUGCGGGCUGCACGCGGACUGGACCGAGCUCACGAGCUGUGUGCCCGUGGUGAUGAACAAGAGGGACAAGAAGAGCGUCCAGAGGAGCAAAAGGAACUUCUACUACAUCACAAUGCUACGCGACCCCGUGUCACGCUACCUCAGCGAGUGGAAGCACGUGCAGCGUGGCGCCACCUGGAAAACCGCCCUCCACAUGUGCGACGGCCGCCCGCCCACAGAGGACGAGCUCCCCGCCUGCUACAGCGGCGAGGACUGGACCGGCGUGCCCCUGGUGGACUUCAUGAGCUGCCCCUCCAACCUCGCCAACAACCGGCAGGUGCGAAUGCUGGCCGACCUCAGCCUGGUGGGCUGCUACAACAUGUCGUCGGUGAGCGAGCUGGAGCGCGGCCGCGUGCUGCUCGCCAGCGCCAAGGCCAACCUGCGCAACAUGGCCUUCUACGGCCUGACGGAGUUCCAGCGUAAGACGCAGUACCUAUUCGAGCGGACGUUCGGCCUGCGCUUCAUCCGGGCCUUCACGCAGAUCAACAGCACGCGCGCCGCCAGCGUGGGCAUCAGCGAGAAGGUGCGCUGGCGCAUUGAGGGCCUGAACGCCCUCGACGUGGAGCUGUACGAAUACGCCAAGGAGCUGUUCCUGAGCCGCUACCAGCACAACCGCCAGAGGCAGCACCAGGAGGAGCGCGAGAGGAGGUGGCAGGAGAGGCAGCAGAGGCAGCGGCUGCAUAGGACCUAUCUGGCGGAGCUGUGGAGACUAGGAGGAGGAGGAGGUGGGGAGGAAGAGGAGCAGGUGAAGGGGCUAGAGGAGGUAGCCACUACAGAGGACUACAGCAGCCAGGUGGUGAGGUGGUGA